AUGGUGUACUACACCGUCGCUGUACUCACCAAGUCCAAACCGACGUAUUGGACGUACGCACAUCGAGCGCACGGUUUUCUUGUCGCUGGCGCCGGGGUCUUUGUCGUGCUCCUCGUCGCCGGCGACGCGAUCGUCAACAACUGGGCGCUCCUCAACUUUAUGGGCAGCGGCUACUUCUUUGUGACGCCGAUUGCCGCGGCGACGAGCUUGGACUCGCUCGGGGCGCAGUACAGCUUUGCAGCCGAGAUGGGCCUUCAAGACCUUUCGAAAAGCGGUCGCUGGAUGAGCAACUUUACCGUGACGCACAUGGUUGCAAAAAGCGAAAAGAUCUACGUGAUUGUGACAGGUGACAUUCCGCUCACGCCCAACUCGGUCUUGUGUCCAAUCUUCAAAGCGCGAUAUGCUGUCGACUUUGGCGCGACAAAUGGACGCGUCAACUUCGCACUCGCGUACGACGCAGUGUCGUUCUUCCGCGGCAAUGCGCUCAGCCAUGCGUUUACGGACGAUGCCAGCGCCAACCUCGCCAAUGCGUCCAUGAGUGCACAAGAGCUUUUUGCACUCAACUGUCUGCCCGGACGCGUCACUGUCGACAAGCGCUUUUCCAACGAGAUCCAGCUACGCAACACGUCCGUGCCGCAAACUCACAUCGUCUCGUACUACCGCAUUUUCUCGCGGUCGUUCUGCACUGGCUGCGACCCCGUCGCCGAGCUCGGUUACGGCAGCUGCAACUUUACAAUGGUGUACAACGACAGCGACAAGGCGGUCACUGUCACCAACAGCACCUUUGUGCCUGGUUCUCUCUACAAACUUGGUUUUAUCAUGCCCCACACCUUCUUGGGCGAGCUCGCGCUGGUGGCCAAGUCCAUUGCGAUCGCGUUUGCUGUCCUUGGGUACCUCGCCAGUCGACGCACGGUGCAGUGGCCGGACGCCACGCACGUCGAAUCGAGCGUCGGCAAGGCGCUGCGCACUAUUUUGCCCAAGUGUUUUCCCUACUGCAUGUUUUGCUACAACUCGGCCUGGUUUGUCAUUCUGCACGCGUUUAGCGUGCUCAUCGACAUCCAAAAUUGUCUCUUGUACGUCCGGAACGUCAACUUGUACACGAUGUACGCGCCGCAGUUUGGACACUCGCUGCAGCUCUUUGCCCUCAGCUCCCGCCUCUUGUGGGUCAACUGCGCGAUCCUCAAGUCCGCAAAAGGCUUGUGCCAUAUGCUGAGCGUCGCGCAGUACGCAGGCGAGAGCCGCCUCGUCGGCUUCUUCAACCUCAGCAGUGUGUCGUGGCUGUACGCCAGUGCCAUCGCACUCUUCUACGUGCCGCCGUUCAUCGAAUACAACAACAGCAUCAUCAUCAACCUCACCAAUGCCCGCGAGCGCAUCGACGGUAUCUGCGUCGACGUCUACCAAGGUUUUUACAUGCGCGUCGCGACAUCCCUUGUUGUGGGCCUUGUCGUCAACAUUUUCGCUGUCACGGGCCUCAACCACGUGUGCAGCUACAAGUACUGGCAACUCGUGGCCAAGAACAGUCUGGCGCGCCAAGCACUCUUCAACAGCAGCUCGAUCGUGUGCGACUACCUCGACGGACUCCAAGCCGAUGGCGACGGCUCCAUUUUUGUAUUGCAUGCUCGCCGAUUUAGCACGCUCCAGUGGUUUUUCUCGAGCCACUUGACGCUUUUCGGGCUACCCGAGAAAGGACUUCGCGCCAAGAAGCAGCAAGUCGCCACGCAACAGUCGCAGUACGCGCCGUCUGCUCGCACUGCAAGCGCCGCGAUUGCGUGUAGCACGGCCGCUAACAAUGCAAACGCGGAAGACGACGCGCGCGAUUGCACCGUCGUUCAAAACGGGGACGCAACGCUGCAUCUACUCGAUGGACGUUUAACCGAGGUCACGAGCCUCGCGUUCAACAUCAAACUGCUCAAAAAUCUCACCGUCGCAAUUAAAUAG